AUGAGCAAACGUGAAGGGCGAGAACGCCUCUCAUUCUUCUUCGAUGUGGAUGGUGGGUCAGUGGAGAUCCUUCAGGAAGCCUUCCUCAAACGACGGGAUGUGUCCGACCUUUCGGAAAACAAGGAGGAUUUCAUCACCAGCUUCCGAAAGCUCUCGCACGACUGCGAGAUGCUCGCCUAUCUGGAGGAGCUCGGCCACCUGCAACCGCCGCAUUCGCCCUUGUGCUGGGCUCUCCACGCGGCCUCGGCGAAGAGCUACGCUGGGCGCCCGACACAGGCUUUCGUCGUCCGCAUCCCUGAGGGCGACCCACGCCGGGGGCGCUUUCAGCAACUGAGUCGAGCGCUCUACGUCCCAGCGGUGACGACGAUGCCAGGCCCGGCGGUGGCCCCGCACCUGAAGGGAGCUGAUUUGGAUGCCCACGGCCAAGCCGUCCUCGAUGAGGUACUGUCUUCCCAGGCGCUUGAGGCACUAUCUCGGCAGCUGCAAGAGUCCAGCAUGUACUUCCACCGGGAAGAAACUGGGACCUACUUGGUUGCCCUCUGGGAGGACGGUCUCGCUUCACCACUCCUCUGGCAGAUUGCGAUGGAGCUCAUCGAGGCCCUGCCGGCACUGGAAGACCACUUCCUCUGUGAGACGAAGGCCUACAAGGCGCUGAGCGGCGGUGCCACCUCGCCAGGAUUGGAGGCGCAGGGUGCCGACGUGGCACUGCUGCUUUGGGCGUUGCCAACGGAUCUUUGGCCGAUGCAGUCGCCGGCCCUAUCGCUGCCCAAGGCUGGCAGUUUUCGGCCCAUCC